CACACUGUGGAUCAUUAUUCCCUCUAGCGCUCGGAGUUUGUACUUCUCAGCUCCCAGUCAUGGCGGCUCAGACCCGGGCUCUGGUCUCCGGUCACUGGCUGGCAGAUGCUGUCAGAAACAACCUCGUCGGUCCAAAACUCCGCAUACUCGACACUUCUUGGUACCUUCCGAAAACGAAACGGGACCCAAAAGCUGAAUUUGCGCAGAAGCACAUCCCGGGCGGCUCGUUCUUUGACAUAGACGAGUGCAGCGAUAAGACCUCUGCCUUUGACCACAUGCUGCCCACUUCCAGUCACUUCUCUCGGUUUGUUGGACAGCUGGGCAUCGGCAACGACACGCAUGUGGUAGUUUAUGACACCAGCGACUUCGGCUCGUACAGCGCGCCCCGGGUGUGGUGGAUGUUCCGCUUGUUCGGACACAGUUCGGUGUCGGUGCUGGACGGAGGCUUUAAGAACUGGCUGGCGGACGGAUAUCCCGUAACAUCUGAGCACUGCGAGCCGGAGCCGAGAGAGUUCAAGGCGACAGUGAAUCAGUCCUGGGUGAAAAGUUAUGAAGACAUGUUAGAAAAUGUCAACACCAAGCAGGUCCAGGUGGUGGAUGCCAGGUCUGCAGGGAGGUUCAGGGGGACAGAACCGGAGCCCAGAGAUGACACGCUGCCCGGACAUUUCCCCAAUACGAUCAACAUGCCGUUUCCUACGUUCAUGGACGCGUCCGGGAAAGCGCUUGGAUCUGACGGCCUGUCCGGACUGUUCAGAGAGGCGGGGGUGGACCUGGAGAAACCUCUCUGGGCCACCUGCGGGUCCGGUGUCACGGCGUGCCAUGUUGCUCUGGCCGCUCACAUGCUUGGGCAUCCCGGGGUGUGUGUUUACGACGGCUCCUGGUCGGAAUGGUUCAAAAGGGCGUCUCCGGAGCUGAUUAUCUCGGAGGGAGAGGGGAAGAAGGUGUGAAUGAAAGAGGGAAGGAUUUUAAAGCAGGGUGUCGUGAUAGAUUAGAAAAAAAUAAAACCGCCUUAUAGUGCACUUUGUAUGUAUACUGUGCAGUUACCUGAGAUAUGUUGAUGUUGAACAAGUGGGCUCUAAAGCCAGCUCCUUUAAUUAGAGGGGGGGGGGGCUACUGUUUGAGACCCUGCUUCUUUCCUUUUUCUAUUUUUUUUGCUAAAUAAAUACAAUGCAGGUAACAAGAUGCAUCUCAUAAUGCAAUGGUUAAAAUAAAUGUAUAAAUAUGUGCGUACUCUUUAAGAGAGGAGGCUGGUGAGUCGUCUGUUUCUGUUUGUUUCUCUGGUCCAUUCAGACAUAUCAACAAAAAUGUUUGUUUCAUAAUAUACCAUGAACAUUAAAAGACAGUUGUGUCAA